AUGGUGCUCCACGUCGCGGCGGCGACGCCCGUCACGACCAAGAAGCGCAAGCUCCACGAGCAGCACUCGCCGCUCGACCGCAUCAAGCCGUCGCAGGACCCACGCCUCGCGCACAUCAAGUCCAAGCGCACCAAGCAGCUGCAGUCGCUCCUCCACCACGUGUACGACUUGGAGACCGAGGUCGCGCGCCUCAAGCGCGGCCACCUCGCGAUGCUGCCGUGGGAAGACGUCGUCAUCGCGCUCAAGGACGAUACGCUCGAGCAGGUCCGCGAGAACCGGUCGCUCAAGCGCCAAGUCGACGCAUAUGCGCACCUCUCGACCGUUGUGACAAACGCACUCGAGCGCACGGAGCGGUCGUUCGUCAAGGCGUACCGCCGCCAAGGCGCGAUUGAAGACCUUUUCGUGCCAUCGGAUGCGUCGGACGUGCAGCUCGUGCAGGAAGACUCGAGCUCGCAGCACCACAAGACGCGCUACAACGUCGUGCGCGGCCAGUUUUGCGAGCCAAAUCGAACGGUCGUCGCGCUGCGGACGGUGCUAAAGGACGAGCUCUUCCCGCUCGAGCGCAACACGUGGGUGCUCAACACCAAGCAGUGGUGGGUCGCAGACCGCAUCGGCCCGACGACCACGCGCUGCCGCACCUUUUACACGAUCGACCACCCGUUCACCGAAGGCGGCGGGUACGUCUCGCUCCGCGAGCUCGCCGCCUGUUACAACAUUCAGAGCGACGAUACCAAGGUCAUUGCCGCCGGCGUGCGAGCGCGGUACGAGCAGUCGCAUGUCAACCAGCGCGUCUUCUUCAAGCGACGCUUUGAAGAAAUACUGGCGUUGAUCGCACCGGCAAACGAGCAUCGGUCCCCACCGCUCGGCUAG